AUGGCAGUGCCCACUCAUGCCCCCGUGGCCUUGGCCCUGAUCUAUUUCAUCCAGCUUCCUCAGAUCAGAUGUGAGGAGAAUUGUCCUAUCCCUGAACAUUGCCUGACCACAGAUUGGGUACAUCUCUGGUACAUAUGGUUGCUCGUGGUAAUUGGCGCGCUGCUGCUCCUGUGCGGCCUGACCUCUGUGUGCUUUCGCUGCUGUCUGAGUCGCCAGCAAAAUGAGGAAGAAGGGGGCCAGCCACCCUAUGAGGUGACAGUCAUUGCUUUUGAUCAUGACAGCACUCUCCAGAGCACCAUCACUUCCCUGCAGUCGGUGUUUGGUCCUGCAGCUCGCAGGAUCCUGGCUGUGGCUCACUCUCAUGGCUCCCUGGGCCAACUGCCCUCCUCGCUGGACACACUCCCAGGCUACGAAGAGGCGCUGCACAUGAACCGCUUCACUGUGGCCCGGAGUGGGCAGAAAGCACCCGACUUAGCCCCAGUACCAGAAGAAAAGCAGCUACCUGCCACGGAGGAGUCCCCUGGAAUUCAACACACUGCUUCUAGUUGA